UCAACUUAAACUUCAUUAGAGUUCAUCAUCUGAAUCCAUCAUCACUCUCAUGAACAUGAAAGGGGACACCAUAGUUCUCUACCCUGCCAUGGGGAGUGGACACCUUGUCUCCAUGGUUGAGCUAGGCAAGCUCAUCCUAACCCACCACCCUUCCUUAUCCAUCACAAUUCUCAUCCUCUCCCCACCCAACAACAAUCAACAACACACUCCUUCCACCACCACCACCACCGCCACUGCCUUCAGCCACGACGCCACCUCCCAAUACAUCACCGACGUCUCUUCCGCCAUGCCCUCCAUCACCUUCCACAACAUUCCUCUCCCACCCAUCCCCGCCACCGUGCCGCCUCACUUGCACACCCUCGAACUCUCCCACCUCGGCAACCAACACGUCCACCGCGCCCUCCGAUCAUUCUCCAAAACCACCAACCUCAGAGCCGUUAUCCUAGACUUCUUCAACUUCAAAACCAUCCAGUUCACCCUUGACAUCCCCACUUUCUUCUACUACACUUCUGGUGUUUCCACUCUUGCUGUCUUGCUAAACUUCCCCACCCUUCACAAAAACACCACAAAACCCAUCAAGGACCUUCACAUGCAUCUUCAAAUCCCCGGGUUACCACCAAUGCCCACUGAUGAUUUCCCUGACAAUUCGAAAGACCCUGAGAAUCCGAUUUACCAUGUCACCCUUGAGUUGGCGAAAACCAUGAGAAACAGCUUCGGCAUUAUCGCAAACACCUUCGAUGCAAUUGAAGAAAAAGCCAUCAAAGCUAUAACUGAAGGCUUGUGCGUACCGGAUGGUAACACGCCACCAUUGUUCUGUAUUGGGCCGUUGAUUUCCACCACGUACGGCGGCGAUGAGAAAGGGUGUCUGAGCUGGCUCGACUCGCAGCCGAGUCAGAGCGUCGUGUUGCUGUGUUUCGGAAGCAUGGGGAGAUUCUCGAGGACCCAGUUGAGCGAGAUUGCUCAUGGGUUGGAGAGGAGCGAGCAGAGGUUUCUGUGGGUGGUGAGGACCGAGUCAGGUCGCGGUGACUCGGAGGAGGAGGAACCGAGUUUGGACGAGUUGUUGCCGGAAGGGUUUUUGGAGAGGACGAAGGAGAAGGGGAUGGUUGUGAGGGACUGGGCCCCACAGGGUGCAAUACUGAGUCAUAACUCGGUGGGUGGGUUCGUGACUCACUGCGGGUGGAACUCGGUGCUAGAAGCGGUUUGUGAGGGAGUGCCGAUGGUGGCGUGGCCUCUGUACGCGGAACAGAAGCUGAACAGAGUUAUCAUGGUGCAGGAAAUGAAGGUGGCUUUGGCGGUGAACGAGUCGAAAGAUGGGUUAGUGAGUUCAACCGAGUUGGGGGACCGGGUCAGGGAGCUGAUGGACUCGGACAGGGGAAAAGAGAUUCGGCAGAGGAUAUUCAAGAUGAAAAUGAGUGCGGUGGAAGCAAGAAGUGAAGGUGGGUCUUCUCCUAAUGCUUUGAAUCGGUUGGCUCAUUUGUGGAAUACUAAUGUUAUGAUUUGAUGCCUCAUUUUCGCUACUACUCCCUCCGGUCCUAUUUAUAAGCAGCAAAAAAAAAUUCACAUAGUUUAAGAAAUGUAGUUAAACUAGAUAAAAUGCAUUAAAUUUGUCUUGAAUCAAAAUAAACUUCCAAAAUUACCCUUUGUUAUUAGUAUUGGAAAGUGGGAAAGAGAGAGAAUAAUUAAUGAGGCACAUUUUACAAGUUAGAAUUAAUAAGGGCAUCAUUGGAAAAAAAUAAUUAAUAUAGCUUAAACUUUCAUUUGGUUCUUAUAAAAAGGACCAAGAUUUUUCUUCUUUUUCAUGCUUAUAAAUAGGAACGGAGGGAGUAUUAAUGAUUGGCGAACCCAGUUUCAAAAAAAAAAAAAAAAUUGGCGAACCACCCUCUACGGUAUGAGACACAUGCUAUAUCCACCAUUGUAGUGGUUUUAGAUGGCCAUAUAAUGUGCUUUAAUUUGUUAAAUUUCCAUUUUGUUACAGUUCAUAAAAAAAUGAGUGUAGCGGGUGUCUAUUAAAUGACAUGAAUCACAGUUUCACCUUA